AUGCCCUCUACAAUUGCGAGCCACGAUCCCUCCAACCCCAAGAAAGGCGUUGAGACACCUUACUCAACCGCGUCUGGAGGCGGCGAUGCCACCACCGCUGGCGUCAUUACGCCUGCCAACAUCGAUGACACGCCCACGCGGGCUGGGGAUAACCACUCCAGGACUUCGCGUGAGUGCCACGGCGCCAUAAUCGCCUGGGGCAGUACUUCGGGGAAACUGUACCUCUCUGCCGGGGACCUCAACGAACCGCAUGUGACGGCUAGUCUCGCGGCGCUUUUCACCAGUGUGGGCAAGGCGACCACCACCAGGGAUGGAAAUGCAGGGGAUGGCAAUGGUGGUGGUGGUGGUUGUGGUAGUGAGGAAAGGGAAAGCAAUGCCGAUUAA